GUCUCCAGUCGCCACCCACUUCGUGAUCGACCUAACAAGAAAUCCUUGUUCUUACAACUGGAAGAUGAAGCUGUCCGUGUGUCUCCUGUUCCUGGGCUGCCUGGUGAUUGUGGCUGAAUCCAUGUCCGAACCUCGUGAGGAGGACCUGCAAGGCCUGCUGACCGAGUUAGAAGACUUGGUUGAUGAGCUAGAAGUGGCAGAGGUGAGGAUGGAGAAGCGAGAGUCGUAUGAAGAGUGCAAAUCAAAAUGUGAAGCAGCUGAAGGCAAAUCGCAGUUGCAGAAAGACGUAUGCAAAAUAAAUUGUGAUUACGAACACGGAAAGUUUGGAAAAAGAGAGAAGCUGGAGGCUGAGAAAGAAGUGGGAGAGAUUGAAAAGCGAGUGUCGGGUAAAUGCAGUGAUUACUGUUCCGUACCACGGAUUGAAUUCUACAACCGUACCGCGUGCGAGAAACACUGUGAAGAAAGUAUGAAGCGGGGCGAAGUAGAGGAGCUAAAGGAUACAGAAGAAGAACUGCAGGAGGAGACCUUCUCAGCCUGA